AUGGCUUUGAAACCUGCUACUCAAGAAAUCACCCCUAUCAGCGAGUUGAAACCAAGACACACUAACAAGGUUGUUCAUGUGAAGGUCCUACAUUCCUGGACACAGAACAUUAAUCAAGGUGGGGAAACCAUGGAAUUCGUCUUCUCUGAUGAAAAUGGGGAUAAAAUCCAUGGAAGCUGCAAAAAAACUUACUUUGAGAGUAAAGAAAGGCUUCUUCCUGUUGGAGCAUGGCGCAAUGUCCGAAACUUCCAUGUUAGACCUGCUGGAGGAGCAUUUCGCACUACCAACCAUACCUACAAGAUUGUGUUCAAUCAAGCAACAGCCGUGACUCGGUCCAAUUUCAUCAAUGAUGAGUUGUAUCUUAAUUUGGUUGAUUUCCAGACAGUUUUGACUGGAACACUUGAUGAAAAUCUACUAAUUGAUGUGCUGGGCCAAGUUUUGGAUUGUGGUGAUGUCGAAACAAUUCUUUGUUCUGGGGGGAACCAGCGUAAAAAACUAGAAUUCAUCCUUAGAGACAUGAAUGAUGUGAGGCUACCAUGCUGCAUUUGGGGCAAAUUAACCGACAUUCUCCACUCUGCCCGCAAUGAAGACGAUGGAAUGGUUACUUUGCUUUUGAGGUUUGCUAAAAUUGGGAAGUUUAGAGGAGAACUACAAAUCUCUAACUCCUAUGAUGCUUCUCAAAUGAUCAUCAACCCUACGAUACCAGAUGCAGAAGCAUUUAAAGAUAUGGACACUGGAGAUGAGAAAAGUCUAAUGCUCAUUGAAAGUAAGGAGGAGGGUAGCAACCAAGUUGGUCAUCCAGAUAGGAUUGGACACCGUGAUAAGUGGUUGCAAUACCCCACUAAGAAAAUCCAUGAGUUGCUUGGAUCAACUCAAGUUGGUAGAUGUUUGGUCACUUGCUACGUCUAUGAAAUUGACAUGGACUGGUCCUGGUUCUGGCUUCACUUGAUAGUCAGAGAUGAUACCGGUGUUUCAAAAAUAAUGAUCCUAGACAAGGUUGCUAAUGGGAUCGUUGCUAAGACUCCACUCAAGUUGCUUAAUGGAAGUUGGGAAGAGCUUGAAGACACAAGUUUAAUACCAGAGGCUAUUACUGAUUUGAUUGGAAAAAGUUUCACAUUUGGAGUCUAUGUUGAGAAGGACAAUGUAUCUUAUGGUGCUGAGAUUUUCAAGGUCGGAAAAAUCUACAAAGACAGGCUCGAUUGCUUGACUGGUGCACUCACACCAGGUUCUGUUAACUUAACUGAUAGCCAAGAACUCAAUGACUAUGUGUCCACACCAUCCAGUAAGAGAAAAGAAGAUGAGUCUAUUUCUCACCCUGACAUCAGUUCCACAACAAAGAGACCAUGCUUAAUGAAAGUAAAACAAGAGAAGGCAGAAGAUGCUGCUAAGAAACGUGGCUAA